AACGAUACUAGUUGUUAGGACAUCUUUUAAAUUUGUCAGUUGGAGCUCGUUCGGAAUUCUAUUUCACUAGCCUAUAUUUUCGGCUUUCAGAUUGUCUUAAACCUGUACUCGUUUUAUUCCUAUCUGUCUUCGGUUGCUUAUAUUAGUAAAUUUAAUUUUACUACCAGUUGUCACUAAAUUUCCUUGCAUCAUCCAUCAGCACCCAACUUACUUCCAAGCUAAAAGUGACACACUUCAUAUCUGAAUCUCAUAAAAAGGCUAAUUAUCGUUGCAACUCUUACCAUCUUAUCGAACCUAAUAGUACACAAUUCAGAUGGCAGAAUUGCAUUGUUUUGGUCAAAUUUUGUGUGCUUAUGGGUUCCCUGAGAAAGAUUUAUUCUGCAAAUGGGGUCUUAAAGCUGGUUGUGCGUGGAGGUUACUUGAAGGUUUAGCUGAAGGAGAGACACAAGUUGACUGUCCAUUGGUUGGCGAAAAAGCAUAUUUUUGCCAUCCCAUUGAUCUUCAUUUCGCUACGAAAGGUUUGCAAGGUUGGCCCAAGCUUCAUUUUCAGGUUUGGCAUCAUGAUUGGGUUGGUAAAAACGAGCUUUUUGGGUACGGUUUCUGUCACAUUCCAACAUCUCCUGGAAAUCAUCAGGUAACGGUUCCUACAUGGAGACCGGUAGGUUCUAUUUUGGACACUUUAGUGUCAAGGCUGGUUGGAGGUGGUCCACGUCUUCGCAGACCAGAUAUUGUCUACGACCCAACUGAUAGAUUUUUGCUCCAAACAGAAAGUAUGGGUUACAUAACACUCGAUUUGAAUGUCGUAACAAGAAAUUUUGAUAAGUUUGGAGUGGAAAUGUAGAUCAUUUUUUAUGUUUUUGAAAGUUUUCAAAACAAAACGUUACCUACUUCAUAUCAACCUUGACCGUAUUUAUUUUGAUAUUUCAUCAAAUGUUUGUGUAAAUAACCCC